UCCUGAAAUCUAAAUCCUUUGCUGCUACUUUCUACUGUGUAUAGCUGGCAAUUCUUUCAAACAAUGACUUUAUUAGAUUACUAUUAUUAAUUGAACAAGUUCAAAAAAUCGAUCAUGGCUGCUGCUACAAGACUACUGAUGCUACUGAUGAUGCCCUGCUGCUUCAUCCUUGCUCAAGGUACGUUCCGAAGAAUGAAAGCUGUACUCGUGCUGCUGCUGCUGCUUCUGGAGUUCGCCGUCAUUUCAGAUGCUGAUCAAUCGCCCAUCCAGAUGAUAGACGGCGAUGACUCCUUACUUGGGUCUCCUUCACUCAUCGAGUCAACGACGUUCGAACAUGUCUCUUCCUCUACCACUCACUCCCCCCGCGACACGACCAAGCACCACGUAGAGACCCCGGCGCCCGUGGUAGUCUCGCACCUGGUCGUGCGCAAGUGCUGCCCCACAGGCCAAGUCUUCUCACACAAACACGCCGGCUGCGUCACCAGCUCCGACUGGACCUUCAGCGUACCCAUCUUCACGCUCGACCAGUACGGCAGUUUUGUCGAAACAAACGUAACAAGGAACCAGGUUGCCGUGGAAACCGGGCUUCUGGAAUGCGACCAGCAGUUCCAGCUGGACGUAUACCCGGACCAGGAGCCGUCAUUCCAGUUCCGGGUGCUGGAGUCUGGGUGGCUGUGGGUGCCAGAGUAUAACAUGGAGUAUCGGCCUCAGCACUACUGCCUCGAGACCUUCGUUCAGGACGCUGGCGACCGCAGCUCAGCGUUCAUCAUGGGCGGCGCCGUGUGUGUUGUGCAGGAAGAGGAACCGCAGACUUUCGAUCCUGAUAAAAUACCCAUCAGGAAAUGCUGUCACGUUGACAUGGUCUACGAACAUUCAGCGUUCAGUUGCGUGCCGCGCAGCAACUUGACGCACGAAGUGUGGCACGCUCCCAUCACGGAGUCUGACGCAGCUGGUGUCGAGAUGGUCGAAGUACAUCGCUCCAAGUACACCAACACGCACGAGGUCGUCACUGACUUCCAGACAUGCUCAGGCGACGACCGCGGCGACGCCCUGCAGCUCAAGGAAGGGCAGUUCUACGUGCGGGCCUCUGACGGCUACCUCUGGCUGCCCCUCCUGCAGAGGUUCCUCCCGCCCCGCAGUUACUGCCUGGAAGACUUCUACGCCGACCAGACCUUACUGCCCUCUGUUUACGUGUGUCUCUCCGAGCCUGAGGCCCUGACGCUGCAGCGUCUCAGGGAGCCCGGCUGUCAAAAGGAACCUUGCAUACCAAAGUGCUGCCCGAGGUAUACGCUCCUGGACCGCGCUAUGCACACGUGCAUCCCUGAGAGGCUGCCUGGCGCUGAGCUCCUCCUGCACCACAAUAACGGCACGCCGGCUCUUGAUACAGUGGACGCGGAUUACGACAUCGGGUUCCCAUCGUGCAGCCACCAGUACCUGACGUCGCCUUCUGAGCGCGCUGAGCUGCUGGUCUCGGGAGACCUGCGCUACACGAGCAUCAACUCCGACGAGUGCGAGCAGGAGCAGGUCUUCAGAGUGCCAAAGGGCGACUUCUGCUACGAGCAGGUUGAAGACAUCGAUGGCUCUAUCGUAUCGGGGGCCGUACUUUGCUUCAAAGAAGACUGGCGACACCUCGGCAUAACCUCCACCGAGAAGGAAGAAGUCAAUUAUGUCUACUCGGUUUUCCUGGCCAUCUCGGACUUCUUUAUUCUCGUUUCUUUCGUUGUGUACCUCACAGUUCCUGAUCAAACUCAACGUGGACUAAAUAAAAAUAUCAAGCUAGGGCACAGCAUUCUGGGUCGGAUCCUGCUGUGCUUCUUGUUCAGUUUGUUCUUCGCUUAUCUCUGCCUCAUCAUCAUCAAGACGGCCUCGGACCCCAUCAACAUCGCCAACCCUAACGCUUGUAUUGCCCUCGGUGCCUGUACGUACGUUUUCUUCAUGGCAACAUUUUUCUGGCUGAAUGUUCUGUGCUUCGAACUGUGGUGGAAAUGUGCCAGGCAGGAGAGCAGCAGCAGCGGCAGGCGCUGGCUGUGGUAUCAGUUAUACGCGUGGUGCUCGCCGCUGGUCUUCGCUGCCGUCGCCCUCAUCAUGGAGCUCACGCCUGGCAUCAGCAACUGCUACAUCAAGCCCAAGUUUGGGGCUUAUUCCUGCUUCUUCAGUUUCACGCGAAGUCACAACAACGGCGCGAAGUGGGCCUACUUCUUCGGUCCCGUGGCCGUGCUGCUGGUGGCGGACCUGGCGUUCUUCGUGCUGACCGUCCGCACUCUCCUGCAGACGGUCAAACAAAGCCACAAGGGCACCACGCAGCGGCAGACGAGGCAGCGACUUAGACUCUGUUUCAAGUUGUUCCUGGUGAUGGGAAUAAGUUGGGUCGCAGAGAUCGUAUCGUUCCAGUUGGGACCCCGCACCGUCUGGUAUAUCAGUGACGUCAUCAAUUGCUUCCAGGGUUUCAUCAUCUUCCUUAUCUUCAUCUUGAAGCCGAAGAUUCUGGAAUCCGUACGGACUCGCCUUUGUGGAUGUUGUUGCGAGGCUUCUGUUGGCCACGCCAAGUCUGGUGGUACACUAGCCUUUAAUUCGUUUAAUUUAUCAGACAACACGACUGUGUCUGAUGAUUUUACUUCUUCUUCUCAAGGAGAAAAACCUUUUGAAUCGAGCAGAGGCAAAAGUUUUGGCGGUCCUCGAGCACUGGACCACGCGAGGGCAAGUCCAGCCUCGAGCUCGUCAAGUUCCUUCUCGGUUCGUAGCAUUAAGUGGAGUAAUCUGGACUCCAGUGCAAGCAUCAUGGCUCGACGCAUGGCACCAUCAUUUUCGUGGCAAAAAUCACGUAAAAGUGAAAAAGCCAUUCCUGAUACUAACACGAGUAUAUCCAGCUUAGGGUCUCCUUCACAAUCAACUGAUUCAAGCAUGGGCUCCCCAUCACCUCCUCUGACUCUGAGUGCUUCGUUCCUCAAUGCUCAUUUCAUUCCUUCUGAAAACUAUCCAAAUUUCAACUCCACUGAACCUCCCGCUCCUUCAUCUAAUGCCAGCAUAAACACGCGUAAAACAUCUGCCUAUUCCACUCAAACUAGCGUUGCUAUCAUUCCAAUCCCCAGGCCUCGAUCCACACUAAGCGAGAGGAAUAGACCUAAAGCAAACUCUGUGUGUGGACCUCCACCAGCCAUACCACCUCGACCUUCUCUUGGGAAAGAAACUGUCAAUAAUAACGAAUAUCUUCGGUCUAAAUCAUGCACGGAGAAAUUUGCCGACUUGGAAUUGUAGCAAGUACGAUAAACAUAGUACAUAUGUAAAUAUCGUGUAAUAGAACAGAAGUUCCUCUCCUUGCAAUCAUUACGUAUGUAAAUGAAGAAUGACUUGUAGAUAUUGUAACCAUCAUAAACAUCACUUAGACGUAAGAAUGUAUAAUGCGCUAUACGCCAAAACAGACGCUAUACGAAAAUGAUAUGAUGCGUCUGUUUUGGCAAAGAAAUGAUCUUGUUUCAUACGGAAGAUAGGUGUAAGUUAGCCUGUACAAAAUUGUUGC